GGAGCCGCCACCGCUGCAGGGGCCGCCGCGGGGAUGCCGAGCGCGGACGCCGCCGCUCUCUUCUGCGCGCUGCUCUGCUGAAGGUUCACAGGACUCAAUUAUUGGAAUUGUCAACUCGACCAAUUUACGUGCACAUUUCUCUUCCACUAUGAGCAGACCAAUUGUAUUACACAUUUGUCUGGCUUUCUGUAGCCUUCUACUUCUCAACUUUGCCAUACAAUGCCUGGCUUUCCCCAAUGUGGAAAGAAGGGAGAUAGUACUUCUUCAUGCAGAAAAAGGACAGUCUGAGAGGCUAAACACAGAUGACCUAGAAAAUGACUCUGUUACUUCAAAGUACACUCCGGUCUCUGGAGACCCAAUGAUAGUGUUAGCCGGAUCAUCAACAAUGUCUUUAAAUAAAGUAUUCCCUAGUAACAAAGAAACCCCUCCUGUAGGAGCUGGGCUCAUGCGGGCUGAUGGUUCUAACAUUUACACUGCUACUGAGCCAGAGGUCCCAGCAAGGGAAGAAGUGUUCGGUUCUAGCCAGCCAGAGAGAAUGUCUCCCCAAAGCCGACCUUCCAAGGCCACGUUAACCAACCCUGUCAUGCCAACUGCUUCUCUGAAUAUUGAUGAGAGGGAGGAAUCCUCCCUUGGUACCAUCAUUCAGCCCACUGUGGAAGGAACCACUGAAGCAACACAAGGUUUUCUGAGCUAUGUGGAUGAUCAGUUGUUUGCAACUGAAAGCCCGGAAGGACUUAGUCUGGGGCAUUCACCUUUAUCCCUUGUGAAUACUAAAGAAAUACUAACCACCAGUCCAAGGACUGAGAAAUUUGAAGCAAACCCAGAACAUAAGACCACUUCUUUUCCUGGCCCUAAGCUCACAGCAGGCACUGAGUCUUCCCAGAUGACAGCUGAUAAUACCCAGGCUACUGCCGCCACUAAGCCCCGGCUCCCAACCUCGGAGUCCAUCCUGAGUGUUGAACCAGAAGCUGACAGCCUGCUCGGAGCCCAAGCAGUCACGAUGAGUGUCAGCACAGCUGUUGCAGCUGCUCCUGUCGUAAGUGAUGAGUGGGAUGACACCAAAUUAGACAGUGUAAGCCAGAUAAAGACCCCAGAGCUUGGAGACAGUACAGAGACACAGGUGAGACUGGAAAUAUCUCAGACGACCCAAGCAGCCGAUGUCAGUCUGGAAGGCAUGGAAGGGGGCGAAGCUUUGACAGAGGCUGCAGGUGUGAGUCUGAAGCUGCCUGAAAUGGAAACACACAUGGAGACCACCCUGCCAAUGGCACGUGGGGGUGAGAGAGCAUCUGAUCAGAGUUCCUUUACUCCCACAAGUCCAAUGGGAGAUCCGAAAGUCUCUGUCAUGAACCUGGUCCAGGAUACUGCGGACUUUGUGGAAUCCACCAAGGAGAACAGUGCCAUGUUCUUAGAGACCACUGUUUCCACAUCCGAAUAUGAGUCCGAGGCGCAUCAACCAUUGGGAAAUAGAUUUAAAGACAUCGUCACUCAAGAGAUGACAACAGCUGUUCAAGCAGCAGAAGCUGCUGUAUCUUUGGUGACACAGGAGCAGCAGAUUUCUACCCUAGAGGUCACCAGAGGCGAGGACGAGACGGAGGGAGGGAGGGAGUUGCCCUCUGCCACAGCGGAUGCUCCUCAUGUUACUCAGCUGUCGAGAAGAUGGGAGCCUCUGGCCACUGUGGUUUCAACGACACCCAUCCCUGUGUCUUUCGAAGUUACUCCUGCUGUGGAAGACCUAAUGGACACAGUCACAGGGCCGAAUGAGGAGUUGUUCACACCAAUUUUGGGUUCUCCAGUGACGCCCCCUGGAAUAACGGAGGAGGCCCCCAGCACUUCCCCAGCACUUGCUGAUCCUGAGGCAUCUUCUGAAAGAAGAACUGCGGCUCCAUCCUUUAGCUAUGUUAACACAGCUACCUCCUAUGGCCUGGACCAACUUGAAUCUGAAGAAGGAGAAGAUGAUGAAGAUGAAGAGGAUGAAGAGGAAGAGGAUGAAGAGGAAGAAGAUGAGGAGGAAGAUGAGGAAGAUAAAGAUGCUGACUCCCUGGACGAGACCUUGGGUGACACCGAGCUGCCUGGGUUCACGCUCCCUGGCAUCACGUCUCAGGAACCUGGCUUAGAGCAGGAAAACGUGGUCUCUUUGGAGGGAGUCACCUUCCAAGUGCCAGAUGCCAUCCAGUGGGAACAGCAGAAUCAGGGCCUGGUGAGAAGCUGGAUGGAAAAGCUAAAAGACAAGGCAGGCUAUAUGUCUGGGAUGUUGGUGCCCGUAGGGGUUGGGAUAGCUGGAGCCUUGUUCAUCUUGGGAGCGCUCUACAGCAUUAAGGUUAUGAAUCGCCGAAGGAGAAACGGCUUCAAAAGGCAUAAAAGAAAGCAGAGAGAAUUCAACAGCAUGCAGGAUCGAGUCAUGCUCUUAGCCGACAGUUCCGAAGAUGAAUUUUGAACUGAACUGGAGUUUAAUUGGGAGAGUCAACGUGAUGUUAUUAUUUUUUAUUUGAGGGCCAAAAAAACCCAAAAAAAACAAAAGAGAACAACAUUCUGCCACAAUGGGGCUGUCAGGCCAUUGAUCUCACUGUCUGCUGGGUAGUAGAUUUUUCUUGUACUGAGCAGAAAAGGCAUGCUGUAUAUGAACUGUGAUGCGCAGUAUUUGUUUUUAUCCUGUAGUGAAUUUUCCACAGCCAUGGGCUGCAACUCGUGAAUAUGCAGCAUACAUGUUGUUCAGUAGGAGUUGCUAGGUUAGAUAGAGUAAAUGUUUUGUAUUUUUCCACAGUGUCUUUCCCUUGGUUUGGAUUACCUGUGCUAAAGUGUAACAGUGCUGCCAAGGCACACUUGACUCUGAAAUAGAAAUCUUAACAAAGAAGAACCUGUGAUGACUGCUCAACCUACUUGAACCCUUGGCUUGUGGCCCACGACACACACUACAUUUGCAUCGAAACUAGCAGCAACUCGGAAUGAAAUCUUUUUCAUCAAGAUCUCUCAGCGCAUUAGGAUAUAUGUAGAUUUGUACGUACCUUACAUUAUGUACUUGAGUCUCCUGGUUUUAUUUUUUUCCCCCUUCCUUUUUAUUCUCAUUCUUGGCAAAGAAAAAAAUGCACUAGAAGCAAUGCAUUAAAUUGACUCUUGGUCUUCAUGUAAGCUUGCUUUCUUAAAUAGUAUAAUUGAGUCCAACAGAUGUAUCCAUAGAUUCUUACAUGUUUAUCAUUAAGAGAGAUCCUUUUAGUAUAUCAUUGACUUUGUCAAGAAGAAAUGAGGAAGAAAUCAAGAGGAAAAGGAGGGUAGGUAAGCUCCCAGAGCGUUUGGCUCUGCUCUUUGGCUCUGUGCUUGUGUGGCCACCAUUCUGAAUUAUUCAGAGCACUGCUUUUCUAUAUCUGCAGUCUUAGUCCAUGUAUGAUUGGACCACCAUUGGUUCUUGUUUGGCUUUAUUAGAAAACCGCAUUCUCUGGUGGGAGCAGGCUCAGGAGCUGAGAGUCCUGGCAUAAGACAGAGCUUAUGAAAAACCAGCCUCUCUCAAGGUGUCUCACUGUGGAGAUGCUGGACUGUAGAAGAUCAUGUCUCAUUGCCCGUGGAAUGCAGUUCCUUUUCUCUACCUUUUGAAUCCGGGUAUUUGGAACUUUUAGGAAGUGCAGGUUUGGGGGGUAUUUUUUUGGCUUCAUCACAUAGCAUUUGGAACUUCCUCAACCAGGGAUUUAACCUAUGCCCCUUGCAGUACAAGUACAAAGUCCUAAUCAGUGACCACCAGGGAAGUCCAGGAAGGAGAGUUUUGGGUGAAGACUUGGCUCAUUAGUGUGGAAAAAUAAAGAUUACUAAUAACACUGUCCAUGAUGCUUUAUAGUAUGGAGAACUUGUUCAAAUUUAAUGGGGCCUAAUUUGCUGUUUUCAAGGAAAGCUGCACAGUUAUUCCUCAAAGCUAUAUAUGUUUUUCUUCUCCCAUUUGACUGAAGACAGAACUGAAGCAGAGAAGUGAAACAACUAUCCAAAAUUAUACCCAGGAAGAAUCAGGACUAGAACCCACUUGGACCCCACACGAUGCACCUCAAUCUUCAGCUCAGUGCCCUUUCCACAUACUUUAGAAGAACCAACAACAUUGCAGAGUCCUUCAAAACCAAGAUUCUAAGGAAAUAGCUUCUUG